CACCGCGGAAGCAAUUGCCGUGGAGAGCUUGCUCGCUCUGGACGUGCUGGCUCAUUGCGCUGUCAUCCAGUCACAAAUCCACGACUCCGCGGCCAGCGCCUGUCGUCCCCCCGGGAGAAGGGUCUUCGUCCAGAGCCUGGGAUUUUCGAUCUUCCAGAGGAGGCGGGGGCCAGUAUCGUCUCCUUCCCGGCCCAGCGAUGGUUUUCCGAGCAAGCCCUCUUCGAUCGGCGGCAGCAGUAGCGACGAGGAGGAGCGAAUUGGCCGGCCCAAGCGCAAGAGGGCGACCCUUUUGCCCUCCAAGUUCCAGGACUCGGUGCUCAUGCUGAAGAACAAGAACAAGAAGAGCGGCGGCGGCGGCAGUGGCAGCGCUAACAAGAAGAAGAAGAUCAAGAGGAAGUAGGCCUAGGAGUUUCACACACAUUGAUCGAUCCCGGCAUCGAUCGGAGCGUCGGGCAAGGGAAAAGCCUUCGUUUGGUUUUAGUUUUGCUCUCCCAUGUAGAGAAAAUCUUCUCCCCCGAACACCAUUCAUAGGACCGUCCGCUUCUCUCAAAGCCAUGGAGCUAUGCGGGCAAACAAAAUUUCUUUGAAUGCAAUGCAAUCCCUCUCUUGCCCUAGUUUUAGAUAUGGUGCUCCUGGGCUGGGGAUGGAGCAAGCCGCCAUCGCAGGCCAAGGAUCACAGGGAUUUAGAUUUCAACUACACAGCAGAGGACUGCUGCAGCGAGGCGGCGUGGACGGACGAGCGCCUCCAAUCGAUCGAGCGCCAAGGGUUUGCGAUCAACCAUUCCAGGGUGAAGAUCGGCCACGGCCAAGAGGAGGCGUUCAUCAGGGCCAAGAAUUUGCUCCAAGAUUGGCGGCAUUUUCAGCUGGGCUGGGCAUUCGUUCCGCGGGAGACGCCGAUCGAGCGUGGCCAGGGAUUCAAUGUGUGUAGCAAGGAAGGGCUUUUCUGGAUCGUGAAUCCACUACGUCUUCGCUACAUUCGCGACGAUCGAGAGCAAGCCAGGAAGAACAACAAAAUCGUCUACGCCUUUGGAAGUGGGACCUUGCAGGGCCAUCUCCUGGCUGGUGAAGAGCGAUUUUCUGUGGAAUGGAACAAGGAAGAUGACAGCAUCUGGUACGAGAUCUUCUCCUUCUCAAAGCCGGCGCAUUUUUUGUCGCUGGCAACUUAUCCUUACGUCCGAUUCAAGCAGCGCCUGUUCGCCAAGCAGUCAAGCGACAAGAUGAUCCAGGAAAUGCGCCACAAAGUUUCCUAGGAUCUUGCAAGCUCAAGGAAAGAAAAAACGCCGGCUUGUUGAUGGCUGGGUGAUGGUAAUAAUCUAUCUAUCGUCAUCAAAAGGA